UGGUCUGACACUGGCUACCAAUUCAGAGAUUGUUAUGUGCUGUUUGCAAUUUCAGAAAAUAAAAGAAGAAAGGCAGAAUUGCAGUAAGUGGAAAAGGGACUUAUAAUCAUGGCAGGGAAAGGCAGCUUUGCACCGAGUCCUGUGGGGUAUGGGUUGGAAGACUGAGGGGAAAGAAUUAAGGAACAACCCACGCAAACCUGAUUUGUCAGGAAUGUUGUGGAUUGUCUGUGUAACAACCAGCCCACUGUAGCUUGCUGGCAGGAUGGGUUAGCAUGAUGUGUCAAUCCUCCCUAUUUGUCUAUAAAAGUAUUCCAGUGUGGAAGCAGGAAGCAGAAAACAGCCACAGAUGUGUAUAGGGUUGUGACUUACUUCAGAGAAGACAGUCCUCUGUGUGAUGGGCUAUCCAGUCUUCUUCUUAUGGUGAUAUGUAUUGCAAUGCUAUUUAAUUUAUAGGCAUUGUAUCCUUAUUUGCAUCUACGCAUAUAAAUUAGCAUAUGCAGUCCUUAUGUAAAUUACUUGCUUCUUUUUUGUCCUUUACCUGUCAUGUGUCCUUUAGCUAAGUCAUUUGCCCUCAAUGAAUGAAUGAACAAAAAUUGAUGGAGGACGGGGCGGAGAGAGGGAAUGUAAAAAUGCAACUUACAUUUAUGCUAUGCUGAGUUGUAAUCUUGAGGCUCAUUUGUCUACGAGGGUUUGAGGGUUUUCCUCUGUUUGUCCUAUCACUCAAGACCAGGCCUGCUCUUCAGCCUUCACAGUCUCUUUGCUGGUUCACACACUGAAAAGGGUGUAGUGGAGCAGCUUUCCACAGCCUGGUGCCCUGCCCUCCAGAUAGGUCUCACUGCAACUCCCAGGUUGGCUGUAGGAGUUAUGGGAGUUGCAGUCCAACACAUCUGGAGUGCAUCAGGUCAGGAAAAUCUGGCAUAGAUUGUUGAUCCUCAGAGUUCUUUGCCCUCGGGAAAGUAAACUCAAGGAGAGUAAACUUCCCCCACCUCCAAGAUGCUUCUAAUAUUCCUGGCCACUCCUUGCAGUGGCCAGGCUAGAAUGCAGGAGGCCAUUUCACACAGUUGCUCAGUGUGUAAAAACUGCACACAGUAGGUUUCAGCAUGCAGUCUUGGGUUUGUGCAUGUCCCAACUUGCCCUAUUCAGAAUGCUGUAUGUGAUUGAAUGUGUGUGUACACCCUGCCCGCAUAGUAUGUGCAGUCACAUUUUAAAUAGCACAAACUGCAUGCCAAGAUGUACUAGCCUGAGCUUCCUCUACACACUGUGUCAAUAUAUGCACUCGUUAAGUCACUAGAGAUCCAACAAUUAGUGAUCUUGACACACAUAGACUAUUAGCUCAUAGAUUAUUAACUGAAUCCAGGACAAGAGUAAAAUCCCAGAAGGGUAACCCCUUGCAAACGUAAUAUUGGGAGCUAAAUACUAAUGGGGAAACCCAGCAGGAGCUUAUACUUCCUGCAGCCUUGCUCAGGCAGGGAGUUCAUAUUUACUCCAAAUCCAGGCUUAGAAAUGAGGAGGAAAGAAACACCAGCUAAAUCCCAAAGGGAAAUCCAGCAGGAACCUCUGCCUCCUGCAGCUUUGCUCAAGCAGAGAAUCCUGAGUCUAUACUGGGCACAAACUGAAGCUGGCCCUGGCUUUUUGUUUAUAAGUAGUCUUUUCCACUACCUAGGCCUGCACAGUGCUCUUGACAGUAUAGGCUUUUUCUUCCCUGGGUUUAAAUACAGUUUUUAGAGCUAUAGAGAAGCUCACAAACUGAGGCUUAGAAAUGGAGGAAUCCUAAGUUUGAGAGUCCAAGGUAUUACUUAGAUUUAAAUCAUGCACAAAAGAACACAGCCUUCCAAAUCAGGACCCUUCACAGAUUAUCUACCCAUUGUCUGUUGUCUGGAGUGAUUGGUUUAAAAGGAGAAACUAGAUACAGUGGGCAUUACAGAAACCUGGUGGAGUGGAGAGAACUAAUGAGAUUGGGUAAUCUCUGGAUAUAAACUGCUGACUUUCUUACAGAAACAUAUAUGUCCCUAAGAUCAGCCUUUGUACUAGAGACUGGAGAAUGGACAACAUAAUACUAAUUUUUAGAAAGGGAUUUUGGGGGAUCUGGGGUAAUUACAUGCCAUUUCUCUUAAUGCACAUGGAGGAACACUCUGAUGAAAACUUCAACAUGAUCUCCUCAAAGGUAAGUCCUGUCUCACUAACCUACUGAAGUUGUCAAUUGUCAAUAAGCAUGUCAACAAAGGCUAUCCUGUAGACAUUAUUUACUUGGACUUCCAAAGGGCUUUUGACAAAAUUCCUCAUCAAGGACUCCUGAACAAACUUAGCAGGAGAGUGUCCUCUAAUGGAUCAGUAACUGGUUAAAGAAGAGAAAGCAGGUAGUAAGAAUAAAUGGUAAUUUACCAAGAAUAUAUUGUCAUUUCUCCCAAUGGAUGGGUGUAAACAAUAUAGUCCCAUUGGGUUAGGUUUGGGAUGAAGAACAGUGCUUUUCAGACUAUUCAUAAAUGAUCUGGAAUUUGUGAUCAGUGAAUUUAGCCAGGUUUGCUGAUGACACUAAACUAUUUAGGGUGGUUAAAACAAAAAGGGAUUGUGAGGAGCUUCAAAGGGAACUCUCAAUGCUUGCAGAAUGAGCGUCAAAAUGGUAAAUGCAGUUUAGGGUAAGUAAGUUCAAGAUAAUGCAUGUGGAGGCAAAGAAUCCUACCUUCAUGUAUAGGCUGAGCUAGCAGUGACUGAUGAGAGGGAUGUUGGGGUUGUGGUAGAAGCUCCAUGAAUAUGUUGGCCCAGCAGGCAGCUGUUGUGAAAAAGGCAAACUCAAUGUUAAGUGGAACGAAAAAAAUUAUAUUAGGUAUAAUUAUGAAAUUAAUUGAAAAUAAAACUCUCAAGAUUGUAUUCCCCUUAUAGAGAUCUUUGGUUGGUUGCACUUAGAAUAUUGUGUGCAGUUCUGGUUGCUGCACCUGACAAAGGACAUUACUGAGUUGGAUAACGUGCAGAGAAGGACAACUAAAAUGAACAAGGAGUUGGAGCAACUCUCCCAUGAUGAAUGGUCACAACAUUUGAGAUUGUUUAGCUUAAAAAAAGGAGUGAAGAUUUUGGAGCAGUUUUUAUGAAGGCAUACAGUUUCUAAAACAGAUGGGAAUUGGUUCCAUUGAAUGUUUCUUCUGGGAAAAUGCACUGAAUCAGAGACUGUGCCUAAUAUGGCUGAUUGUGACCUUUACCUCUACUGGAAUGGACCCCAAUGCAUGACUUUGUUACCAUGGUGAUGAUCUUAACUACAACUCUGGAAAACAAAGGUGCUGAUUCUCUAUCAUGCAGGGCUGAGCUGCACACUCCAAAGAAGAUGAGUCAAGGAUCCACUCUCUUCUCUUGUGGAAUUAUGGAAAAUGACAGAUGGAGAGAUCUCAGCAGGAAAUGUCCCCUUCAGAUCGAGCAGCCAAGCACCACCAUUUGGGACUGCUUGCCAGACAAAGGCGAAGAAAGCUCCAUAUGGCAGAGAGAGACAGCUAGCACAUGCUCAGUGACCAACUUGAUCAAAGACCUCAGUCUCAGUGACCGUAAUGGUAACCCCUCAGCACCACCCAGCAAACGCCAGUGCAGGUCACUCUCUUUUUCUGAUGAGAUGUCUAGCUGCAGGGCUUCAUGGAGGCCCAUAGGAUCAAAGGUCUGGACUCCUGUAGAAAAGAGACGGUGUUAUAGUGGGGGAAGUGUGCAGCGUUACUCCAAUGGAUUCACAACCAUGCAGAGGAGUUCAAGCUUUAGCCUUCCUUCCAGGUCAAAUACAUUUUCCUCUUCAUAUGACCAGUUUGGAUCUAGCAACCGAUUUGGAUGUCAGCCAUGCCAAGGAAUGCAAAGCUCAGCCACUUACGGACAGACAAGUGAUAUCUGGGGCAAUGAUCACAGUUCUGUUGAGGGUGGCAGGGUUGACAUCCAGCGAUCACUCUCAUGCUCCCAUGAUCAGAUUUCCUUUUCAGAAUAUUGUCUACCCUCAGCAAACAGCACACCCACCUCAACACCAGAGCUGACAAGGCGCUCCAGUGGGCUUUCCCGAAGCCGCUCCCAACCAUGUGUCCUUAAUGACAAAAAAGUUGGAAUUAAACGACGGCGGCCUGAGGAGGUAAAGGAACAGAGACCUUCACUGGACCUUGUCAAGAUGACUCAGAAUUGUCAAACUUUUAACAGCCUUAGCUGCCUUAGCACCACAGCGGAUGACUGUGCUCAGCAGAAUCAGUUCUCACCUGACAUCAGUGGCACCAGUUCAUGGACGACAACUUUGGACGUCAUGCCAGGCAGGACACCAGCCUGUACCCCUGUGCCAGAGCCACACUCAAAUGUGGAAGAAUGUAAAUUGAACAAAGAAGAUUUCUCCUGUGAAGAGUCAGAGUUUUGUGCCACAGAAGAUGAGAGCACUAGAAAAGAAGAUGAAAACUCCUCAUGGAGGAACGGUGGGACAGGAGGGGACAAUGUCUUUCAGUUGGAUGGGGAAUUGGAUAUCGAGCAAAUAGAAAACAACUGAGAACACGAAGGAUGAGGUGUCUGCGUCGGAGCUCUUAGAGGUGGUAAAAUCUUGCUGAUAUUAUUGCAGACAGGAAUUUUCCUUCUUCUUGGCAAGUGGGAGAAGACAAGAAGUUUUGCCAAAAUUUCAUCAGGUAUCUCAUUAAACCUUGAAACUUUUAGAACUACUGUAGCCCAUGAGGUUUCGCAAACAAGCUUUAGAGAAAAUUUCUAAAUUACAUCAGCACAUUUUUUUUAAAGAAAGCUUUGUGGAUGUAUCAAAACUUGAAAUUCUCGAAUGUUAGAAGAACAGUAAAUUAAAAACAAAGAACAGGGCUUAAGCAAAAAGGAAGGGAGGACCAGAAUGUCCGUUGCUGGUCUUCAUUUACAAAGUAGGUAAUAUACCAUCUAGAGAGAAAGCAUAUGAGGAUUUCCUCUGCCUGAUGGGAAUCCUACUCUGCUUUGGCUUUUGGAAAGGGUGGAGUAUACAGACAGUUUAUGGUUGUUGACUAAUUUUGAUUUUAAACUGCAUCUCAGCUAUCCUCAGCAAAGGGAGAAAGGAGGAGAUGAGCAUUGUUACCUGGAUCCAAUUUCUUUCAGAUUGCGUAUCCAAUAGUUCUUACAAAGUCUCAUAAAUCAGAAGUUCCAGUUCUUUGCUGUAGAGUCAAAAUUUCCAAAGAUGCAGUAGCCUGCUAUGGUCCAUAAACUCAACUUAUUUCCUUUGUAUUUCUCAAUAACACCAUGAAAAGAAAGUACAGUACAUUUGCCCGGAUUGAACAAAGGAGAUCUGUGGGCAUUAACAGGUUUCCACACUUACAACCCAAUCUGGUCCAGGGUGGACCAACUAGGUGCAUCUUUUGAUGAAAAUGAGAAUUCAUUGCCCUUUUGGGGCCCCACUAUUUGUUAUGAGUAGUCAGUUACUUGCAGCUAGAGCUGGAUGGAGGCCAUCGCUUUGGGGAGAAGAUCAACCCAAACAUUUGUGCAUCCUGAAAUUUAAAUAAAUGGUAGAAAUACAUUCUGAAUGCUAUAUUCAUAAUACUGGUUAUCUGGAUAAUGGGUUACAUGGCAUAUAUAAAAACAAAAAGCAUGAGUAGAUAAUGGAGUUUCUUGAGUUUGGUGCUUUGCAGCUGGAAAGGAUCAUAAAUACUUGUUUUAUGUGGAACAGAUGAACCCUUCCUCACCUUGGAGCCCUCCAGGUGUUUUGGACUUCAACUCCCAUCAAUCUCCAGUCAGACUAGGAAUGCUGGGAGUGCUAGCUCAAAACAUCUGGAAGGAAGCCAGAUGGGAAAGACUGAAAUAAUGUAUGGUUGCUUUACUGCACUUUGUACAGCAUAAUUAGUAUCUAAAAUCACAUUCAGCAGCAAAAAGAAGUGAAGGUUACACAUUUCUGUGCAUGCAUCACACCUCAUCUCGAAAUCAUCCACACCCAGGACUGGAAAGACCAAACACUAAUGAAAGGCAGGUGCAGCACUGCCUUUCUUUCACAAAAUAUGGUGGCAACUUGCACUGCAGGACCAGUUGUGGGACUAUAGCCCUUGACUGAUUGCAUGUAUUGCCACCUCCCCAUGGAAGACAUAAAUACAUGCAGUCCUAAGAGCAGGAGGAAUUACCUCAGUGGAUAUCUGUUGCCCAGUUUCCCCAUUCACAAUAGAAUGAAACUGUAUCUUUAAGAUAAAACUUAUUUUUAGCCACUUAGUGCUGUUUUCAAUGGAAGAGGGCUUAUUGCUUUCUGCGAUGGGGGCAGCAUAAAAAUGCUAUAAAUAAAAAUAAAUAAAUAAAUUAUAAAAACAUAAUCUAGUGCACCCUGUAGAGAUUAAUUGAGAAUCACAGAUCUUGCCCAUGUGCCUCUAGUAUAGGAGUGGGGAAUCUAAGACCUCCAAGAUGUUGUGGGACAGUAUAUCUCAUUAACUCUGACCAUUGGCUAUGCUGCCUGAGGUUGAUAGGUGUUGUAGUCCAACAUUACUUGUAGGGGUGCAGCUUCUCCUGCCCUGUUCAAAGGUGUUAGCUCUCUCGUCUUUUGAGUUUGAGCAGCAUUGGUAUUUGAUCUGAGUAGGCUUGGUAAGCUGUCACCCUACAAACACUUGUAUGAGCUGGGUUAUAUGGCAUAAUACCCUGCAAUAAUUUCCUCCUGCUCCUCCUUCACCUGUUGAGACAGUUGGCUAUACCUUAUUUUUUUCAGACCUCAAUUGUCUUCACUCUUUCAAAAGGUGCCAGUCUGAGUUUCUAUCAGUUGGGCUGUGCACACUUUGGAUUAUUAUUAUUUCUUUUAAAAAGAGAUUUCUGCACAAAGAUAGCAGCAAAUUCUGCACCUUGUAAAAACUAAUCAUAUUUGCAUGUAUCUUCUUAAAAUGCAACAAGGAACUGAGUUAGUGACUGGAGUUCCACCUCCUAACCAUUUGGAAAUUUUACCAGCUUCUAUCAAACAACGAGGCUGAAUUCUACGUCUAGUAUGAGUCACAGAAUUCCAGUAAUGCUGUUUAUACCAAGACCUGUCUACACCAAUGCAGUACAGGCUUCGUGGAUGGCUUGGUCUUGACUGUAUACCCAUGGAGAGAUCUUUAGAAGCAGAAAAAUCAUUUCAUCCAUUGCACCAAAAAUUGGCUUGAUACAUGGAAGCCAGACUUGGGCUUGCAUGUUUGCUGCCUUUUUAGGCCAUCAUGCAUUUUUUUUUCUUUUACAGAAAAACCAGUCUGCUAUAACAUCCUAGCUGCCCAAAUAUGGUUUGCACUAGGCCUAUAGACUGGAAUUGCAAAGCACUGUCAAAACUGUGGUUUGUGAUUAAGAUUUGGUUAGCAAGCACAGGCCAUAUUUUGCAGGGUUUGAGAGAAUGAGUCACUAUGGUUUCCUACAAAAGGGGGUGGAAUUGGAGGAGGAGUGUGCACAAGGCUGAGUCUCAGUGUUAGUUGUUGGCUGAGCAAUUCUCACAUUUCAGUUCUCAGUCACAGGAAUCCUCAACCUAUUUGGCAAGAUCUGUGAUGAUCACAAAUGGACUCCCAUGCGAGUGGUGACAAUUAUACAAGAGAGAGAAAAGGUCCAGGAUGGCUCUGGCAGCCACCACAUCCUGGAAUCAAACACAAGACUUUCCAUCACACUGCUGAUGACAUGUUGCAGAAUGUGAGCUGCUCAGAUCAAUGUAUGCUCCCUGUUCGCAGACAUGAGCAACCCCGCCCCCCCCAAUGGUAAGAUAGCUUAGAUGAACAAACAAUAAAUACACAGCACAGCACAGGAUACCUUUAGUUAUACAGAUUGCAUAGGACCUGCCUUUGGCUAAGACGAGGCUGAUACAAAAUGCAGUCCGAGAUACAGAAAUUCAGGUAGCCACAGUCCAGCAUUUCCUUCUACUUCUUUCACUGAUUGUAGUGAACAAUAAGCAUAUACAAUGUAGAAUGGAUAGCUCAGUUGAAUAAGCUGUUCACUUACUACAAGGAAACAUUUUGUGUACUUAUAGAGAAGGGAGAAAAGAGCAGUUUUGUUUUUGUUUUUAUUAAGCAGCACAGGUUUGUUUGUUCUUUUUUUAAACUGCACUUUUUUCCUAUGGUGGUAUAGAUGCUUUCAGCUUCUAAUACCAUAGUAGAUUCCGCCCAACUGUAGCUUUACAAUGUCCAGUCAAACUGUACAGAUUUUGUUUGUUUGUCCAUUUGUUGAUUUAUGCUGAUCCUUCCUAACUGAUGCUCACAUGAUGUGCAGGCCAAAUAUUAACUUAGGGAAGGAAUUGCUUUCAUUCUGAAUGUCCUGGAUUGUGCAUUUUGGUGCCUUGGUGCAACCUGGUGAACACAUCUAUAAAACUGAACAUUCUUAGAAGGACAUGUUUGUAGGAUUUUGGCACUUAACAUGCACUGUUGAUUUCAGAAACUGACAGAGCAGAUGUUCCCCAGUUUUGACUGGAAUGGGCUCUCCCAAAUUGAACUAAAUUUGGCCCAAUUCAGGACUGAUUCUAUGCUUUGGCUUAAUUCAAGUUGCAUUGCAGUCUCAGCGGUGGCCAGGCAUGUGACAUUCCCUUUGUGAACCUUUUUGUUCCUCUUCCUCUCCUGCCUGCCUGCCCGCUCACCCCGCCCCCCAGGUGGCAGGUGGCCUCACACACACCAUGGCAGAACUCUCUUGCCCCCCCCCCCCCCCCGCUACAUUGCCCCAAGCAAUCACAUUUCCCUCUUGAGGAUUUCUCCAACAUUGUAAAUAGGGAACAGGGUAGGGCUGUGUUGGGAUGAGUCAUGGCAAGGGAGGCAGGUGAUACUGCAGUAUUGGUUCGGGACUGAUGAAUGACAGUGACGUAUCUGUGGCAUGAGCCUACAUUUUGCUUUGCGGAGGGCUGAUCAGCAGCAGCUAUUUAUGGUUUCAGGUCGGCAUGAUCUGUGUUGUGGUGACUUCAGCAUUUCAUCAAACUACUGCUGCAUUCCCAAUUGGGCAAAUUUAUAAUGGCAAUUGGAUUGGCCCACAUCCUGACAAGCUAAGUGGACCCUGUGAAUCAGUCCUAAACUGCACAGUGCGGUCUAAGCUAAACAGGUACAAUCUGAACACAGACUGGAUGUGCAAGAGUGCACAUAGUGCACCAUUUACUAUUAAAAGUAAAUGUUGGUUAGAUAACAUCUACAUGUGUAGCUAUUUCUUAAGGGUACAGCAAAUAAUACUUGUCCAUGGAAGUUUUGAAGAGUAACUUUCAGCAAAGUUACAAAAAUCCAUGAAUACAAUAUGGAAGCAGACUGGAGGAGAAAGACUAUUGCUUAUGGUGAUACGCCGGUUCUGUUCUACAUAGAACUUGUGUCAGAGCAUUUGAUACAUGUUGUAAGAUCCCACAUUUCUUGCCUUGAAGUGUUCAUCAUCUCCUUUUUCCCAGUAACUCUUUAAAAAGUACUCUGUGCAGCCCUUUAUUGGUAAGCUACUGCAAACACUGAGUUGAAUUGAGACUAAGGCUGCAAUCCUAUACUCACUUGCAUGGGUGUAAAUGUCACUCAACUUAGUGGGGAUUACUUUUGAGUAAUCAUGUAUAGGAUUGUGCUCUAAGGUAGCUGAAUUUAGGUCCCAGUGAAAUCAGUGGGACAAGCUAGUCAUGACUUAAGUCCAACUGAUUUCAAUGGGGAGGGCAUCAAUUGAUGUAGUCUGGAUCCAACUCAUUCUGUUUCUUUUCUAUUUGUUGCAUGUUCCUGAAGUGACAAGACCUUCCCUCGCUUGGAUUGCAUAAAGACAUUUCCUAAUUCUCUACUAUCAAGUAAUCAAUCACCCAUCUGAUGUGCAUAAAUGCACAUUUUCCCCUCUACUUUUUUAACCUUAACAUUCUGUCACUGAAGUAACUAUUCUUAAUUGUAGCAUCUGCUUUUGGGUGUACCAACCUAGAGUACAUCUUGUGCCAUUAGCAUUAUUCUUUUUGAGAAAGCAUAGGUCUGACUUACAUACAUCUUGAUUUAUGGAUGUUCAGUUUGCUUUUAGUGCUAUAGAGAUGCUAUUUUCCUUUCAUGGGACUGUAAACUCGUAAGGGCUUUAAAAAAGCAAAACAAAAAGGGCUGCUACCUACAACAAGCUAAAUGCACAGAGUAGGAAAGUGCCCCAAAGGACCACUACCCAACUCUCUUAGCUGUAGUGUAGCAUUUAUUAUAUAGCAGCAAACCCUCUUUGCCUUAGUAAAUAUGCUUCACUGAAUAAUGGCCUUUCAGUGGGCACAACUGCAUAGACACAGUAUACUGUUUUGCCUAAGGUUAGGCCAAGAUGACAUUUGAUUGGAUUGUACUGGUUUUGGUUUUGUAUGAUUUAUGUUCUGAAACUGAGUUUUAAAAGCCUUACUUUUUAAAAAAUAGAAAUAAAACUUUGUGGAUUUAUGAAUGUGUGUGUGUGUGUGUGUGUGUGUGUGUGUGUGUACAUAGAUAUACAUACACACUCAUGCAAAAUCAAACUCUGAAAUAUAGUAUGUGUCUCAUAUUCAGAGGACAUCCUCUCAAUUGUAACAUAUAAGAUGCAUUGAUCUCCGGAAAUCACAGAACCUCAGCUGGAUCUACUGCUUUCCUACUGGAUCCCUCCACCAGGGAUUCCCUUGUUCCUGCUGGAGUUGUAUGAUGCUACAUGCACUACUUAGAUUAGCUCACUUGGCAGAUUUUUGCCAGGUGGGUUCCAGAAUCUGCCACUAGUGUUUGUUGUGGGUAAUUGCCUUUAUUUUCUAAGCAGUAAAGUCAAUUCAGCAUGGAGACUGACAAAAGCUUGUUUGAAACAUGGAUCUAGCUGGACUGUGGAUGUUUCAUGAUAGCAGCAAUAAAUGUUAACAAUUUCCCUCUUUUAAAAAAUGGAGCAGGGUGUUUUGCUUUGUUUUCUUUUGUAUUAGCACUGGUGAACUUGCUUACAAAGAAUUUGCCAUGCACCUGCAGUGAUUGCUCUUUGGAACAUGUAUUCAUGAAACAUGAGAUACAUCAAGAAAGAAAGGAAGCAGAAGAAUAUACUUCUGGAUUUGACUGUAAUAUUUCACGAUACUGAAUAGCCUCUUUGGCCAAUAACCAUUGUGUUUCAGGUGCAUUUUCAAUAGUCCUUAUUGGAAAGGACAAGAGGAUAUUUUUAGGAUUGUAGCCGUGUUUUCCAGCAUUUGUUUUUGAUGUUUAAGAAUCAAAUGAAUCAAAAGAUGAUGAUGGCCAAAAAGCCUUGAGAAACUAUGAAUUCUGGUAACCUUCAGCGUGUCUGUGUGUGUGUUUGCACACUCUGUGUGUGUAUGUGUGUCUGUCCAUGAUAACUGCACAGAUGCAGGCAUAUUGACAUGUAUACAAAGUCAGCUCUGUAGUUGGUGUUAUAUUUGUUCAAAAUCAACUAUUAUUGAAGACUAUUCCUUGACCUGAAAAUUAAGACUGCUGAUUUGUACUCUCUCAAAUGACUUUAUUGCACUAUAGAGCAGCUCAGUCUCAGGAAUUUACUUGUUACUUUGACGAUGUAAAUAAAGCUUUCUGAUUCUGUAACCUGC